AUGACUUUUACGAUUCCAAUUGAGAACGGGAAUGGAGUGAAGAACGCCGAGGCUGAUUCCCAAAGAACAUUGUACCCGUAUGUCACUGGAACCUCAGUGGUAGCUAUCAAGUACAAAGAUGGGAUUUUAAUGGCUUCUGAUAUGGGAGGUUCAUAUGGAUCCACCUUAAGGUACAAGAACAUUGAGAGAAUGAAGGCUAUCGGUAAGCAUUCUCUUCUUGGAGCCAGUGGGGAAAUCAGCGACUUCCAAGAAAUUAUGCGGUAUCUUGAUGAGCUCAUCCUGAAUGAUAACAUGUGGGAUGAUGGUAAUUCCUUGGGGCCAAAAGAGGUUCACAACUAUCUGACCCGAGUUAUGUAUAACCGCCGCAACAAAUUCAACCCUUUAUGGAACACUCUCGUUCUUGGAGGUGUCAAAAAUGGACACAAGUACCUUGGAAUGGUCUCUAUGAUUGGUGUUAGUUUUGAGGACAACCAUGUUGCAACCGGGUUUGGGAAUCACCUAGCUAGGCCGAUUCUUCGUGACGAAUGGCGUGAGGACCUGAGUUUUGAAGAUGGUGUCAAGCUACUGGAGAAAUGUAUGCGUGUGCUUUUGUACCGUGACAGAUCUGCUAUCAACAAGCUUCAGAUAGCAAAUAUUACAGAAGAAUGCGUGACGGUCUCUGAGCCAUACUCGUUGAAGACAUUCUGGGGAUUCUCAGCCUUCACAAACCCAAGUUAA